UUCCUUCAGGAGUGGAAAGAGCACUUAUCUUCAACAAAUCUGUCUCAUAAUUAUUCUUGCACAGAUAGGUUGUUAUGUUCCUGCUAAUUUCUCAACUAUAAGGGUUGUUGAUCGUAUAUUUACAAGGAUGGGUACAAUGGAUAAUCUCGAAUCCAACUCUAGUACAUUCAUGACAGAGAUGAAAGAGACAGCAUUUAUCAUGCAGAAUGUCUCCCAAAGGAGUCUGAUAGUGAUGGAUGAACUCGGGAGGGCUACUUCUUCUUCUGAUGGAUUUGCAAUUGCAUGGAGCUGCUGUGAGCACCUCCUAUCACUGAAAGCGUACACAAUAUUCGCCACACAUAUGGAGAAUCUGUCACAAUUAACAACCAUCUAUCCAAAUGUGAAAAUUGUUCACUUCUAUGUUGAUAUAAGAAACAGCCGUUUAGAUUUCAAGUUUCAACUCACUGAUGGGCAAAGACAUGUCGCACACUAUGGCCUUCUACUAGCCGAAGUGGCAGGACUACCAAGCUCGGUGGUCGAAACAGCAAAAAGUAUCACAGCAAGGAUCACUGCCAAGGAGGUACAGCGAAUGGAAGUAAACUGUACGCAGUAUACUCAGCUCCAGAUGGCUUACCACGUUGCCCAACGGCUACUAUGCUUAAAAUACUCCAGCCAAGAUGAGGAUUCAAUUCGACAAGCAUUACAGAGUCUUAAAGAGAGUUACAUUGAUAGAAGGCUAUGA